AUGUAUGCCGCGCCGGGUAUAGGCCUUGCUGCAACCCAGGUUGAUGUCCAUGAGCGGAUUAUCGCAGUGGACGUGUCUGAUAACGCCGAUGCACCCCACAUACUGGUUAACCCACAGUUCACCGUACACGGCGCCCUGCUUGAAACCGAAGAAGGCUGCUUAUCGGUGCCCGGUUUCUAUGAGCCGGUGAGUCGCGCAGAGCGCAUCAGCGUGACAGCCCAGACACCUACAGGUGAAGUGUUCAGCAUGGAGGCAGAGGGAUUGCUGGCGGUCUGCAUCCAGCAUGAGUGUGAUCAUCUGGCGGGCAAACUGUUCGUCGACUACAUCUCGAACUUGAAGCGAAACCGUAUUCGCAAAAAGCUUGAGCGACAACAGAAACAACCACCUAUCGAACGGGCCAUCAUGGCGGGCGAUGAGCAAACCGGGGUGUGCAUCAUGGCAAUGGAAGCAGGUUUGGAUACCGGACCCGUGUUUGCCCAGGUAGAAGUACCCAUAGGUGCAACAGCCACAGCAACUCAGCUUACCGAAAAGCUGGCUGACACCGGCGGUGAACUUCUAAUCGAAGUGCUGACCACAAUCGCCACAUCCAAAGCAGAAAAGCGCAAACUACCCGCCCCUAGAGCGCAGGAUGAAACUCUGGCCACUUACGCACACAAACUGGAAGCUUCGGAUCGAAAUAUCGAUUGGAGCGAAUCAGCCAAAUCCAUUGCAGAUAAAAUCCGUGGCCUGGCCGGACGCAUGCCGGUGCGCGGCAUGCUCGGCGAUGCACACGUUCAGAUAUUGGAAGCACGGCCGAUUGAGCAACACCUUCCGGGUGUGGAAGCCACCCCAGCAGGCACAUUAGUUGAUGUUUCAAAAAGUGGCAUCAUCGUUCAGUGUGCAACGGAUUUGUUGCAAAUCACACGAAUAAAAGUUGAACGAGGCAAAGGCACCGAGCUUGAUCCAGCCGCUGCGAUUAACGGGUACAGUGAGCUGUUUUUCCCCGGCGCACGUUUUGCGAACUGA